CUAAUUUCAUUAACUAGUUCGAUUAAGUUAUUCAGAAGAGAACAAAUGAGAGAAAAGGAGAGUAUACGUGGACACUUUGAGUUUGAGGUAUGGCGGUGAGUAAAAUAAAGAGGAGGGGAGGUUGAAGAUCGAAGACUGAAGAUCCAAACCGAAGAAGGAAGACAAACCUCAAGAGUGUCAUUAAGAGUCUCAAGUUAUGGUCUCCUAAUACAUACUUAUUAUGCACGUAAAUUUCUUGAAGACACCUUGUUUGAUAUUAUGCUCUCCUAAUACAACUUCAAUAAGAAGGAACCUUUACGGAUUGAAUCGCGACGAUGGCACCGGGCGUACAGAAGCGAAUGACGGCGCGCCAGAUCCUGCUCAAGGAGUUGAACCCGUUCCUCACGUGCACCCUCUGCAGGGGCUACCUCAUCGACGCGACCUCGCUGGUCGAUUGCCUCCACGUCUUUUGUCGCGCCUGCAUUUUGAGGUACUUCGAAAAUUUCAAGCUGGGCUGUCCCACGUGCAACGUCGUUUACAAGAAAAAGAACAAUUCGUGCUUCAGGCCGGAUCCGAUCGUUCAGUCUUUGGUAUAUAAAUUAGUUCCUGGACUGUACAGCAAGGAGGUGCAGAGGAGGGAGGAUUUUUAUAGGAGCACGGGAGUCCGUGCGAGCAGUUCCUGUAGCGAAGAUAGCGUAUUAGGCGACCUGAACGAUGAGCACGAGGAAUGGGUUUCGUCGACCUGCGGCGACCAGAAUCAGUACCUCGGUCCGGACGACGCGAUCUCGCUGUCCCUGGAAUACUACAAGCCCCACCUGGACACGACGCAGAACUCGCCUUCCUCUGAUACCAAAAGUACAAAUAACCAAGACUCAUCGAAACAGAGUGAUCUAAUUAUUAAUAGUGCAAAUUUAAGUGCCGAAAAGACGUAUAGCUGUGAUAGUAACAAUUUUGUGAGUGUCGGCGACGACAAGACGAGGGUUGGCGAGAGUUUCGUCGACGAGUUCGCCGAUUCGCGCCGGGGAGGACGAAGAUACCUGCAGUGUCCGGCGGCCGUCACGAUGUCGCUCCUGCAGAAGUUCGUGAGGAUGAAGUACGCCCUUAGCGCCGAGCAUAGGGUCGACAUAAUUCACUCGGGCGAGAUUUUGCCGCAGCAUUUCAAUCUGAUGGACGUCGCCUAUACGUUCCAAUGGAAAAGGGUGAAACCCAUGCGAUUUUUCUAUCGAAUUUUCAUACCGGCGAAGAUACAGCCGAUUAAGAUCAUCAGCACGUCGUCCAGUGACGGAAAACAGUUGCAAGUAGUACCUGCGAAGUCGAAUUCGACGCCGGCCAUUCUCCAGAGGAGCGACACCAAAGAUAACCUACUAAAACUGGAGAUGGACUCGCAAAAUUACAAGAAUAAAGAAAGACUGAUGACCAAUUUACAGCUGCAGUGCAAGAUAAAGCCGCACGGUGACAAGGUGGAGGAGACGAAUUGCGUUUUUGAGUACCAAGAGCCGGAUAAGGAUGAAAUCAGGGAGUUCGCCGAGAAGAGGGAUCGGGAGUGGGCCCUGCAGAAGAAGCUCGACGAGGAAAAGGAGAAGCAUCGGAAUGGGAAGAAGAGGAAGAAGAAUAAGCACUCAAAGAACAACCUGUUGUACAAGAAGAGGAAGUUGCACGCCGAGAUUACGUCGAGCGAGUCUUUGCAGAGGGAGGAAAGCUUGAAGCUUAAAGUAAAGCUCACUCCUCACAACGGCUACAAGCACAAGCACCAUAAGAGCUCGCAGCCGAGCUUGGUGGUGGAGACGCCGAGGGCGCCCGAAAUGAGCUCGAAAGAGAAGCUUUUGCAAAUGAGGCAGGUGCGCCAUAAGCAUAUCUCGUCCGAAGACAGAAUGAAGAAUUUGGCGCAGGUUUUGGGCCCGCUGCUGGAGGAACCCAAGGCGAUUGAGGUGGCCGAAGCCGCACCGCGGGUGGCCGAUGAGAUUCCCGCCCCGAGCGACACGGGGAAGACCUUGCGCAGCGACUUUAGCGUCAAGACCAAAGAAAUCUGCAUGCAAAAGUAUCCGACCGUACAAAUCGAACGCAACGAGCAGACCGAGAAGCACGCACAGAAGACAUUUCUUAAAACAUUUCAAUCUUAUACCGAAAAAUUGCCUCAGCCAGAUAAACUCAAGGGACGCCUGCCCGUCUACGCGCCGAAAAACCCGCCACAGCCCCAACCCGCAAAGCCCCCCGAGCAGAAGAUCCCGAACCUGCACCAGCAGUGCGCGCCGGUCGAGCCGAAACAGGUACCCAGGCCGGACCCUCCGAAGCUCGAGAAGAAGUACUUCGUCAACGAAAACAGCUCGUCGUACUCCACCGGUUUCACGGUGAGCAAAGUGGAGGUCGGUGCCAAACGCAGACCCGACGAGCCCCCCGCGCAAGACAAACGCCCCAGCUUGGAAAUCACCCUCAUCAAUCCCCCACCCUCGCCCGAGAAACCGAAGCUCGCACCGGUCGCGAAACGCCCCCCACCUCCCACGAUACCCCUCGAAAGGAUAAAGAAGUCCAUCAAUCGCAUCUCCGGCCUGAGCAUCAUUCCCAAGCUCCCCGAGAAGUGCGACAACACCGGCGCGCUCGACCUCUCCAAACCGAACCGGCCGCCCGCCGACCAGCCCAAGCCGCCCAACGGCCUCACCCUCCCCGAGCGCGCCGAACUCUCCAACCUGCAGAUGCUCUCAAAGGUCGCGACCGAGCACCCGAACAUCAACAAGACCGCGUUCGGCGCCCUCAACAACAAGCGCCUCCCCGUCCCCAACCUCCAAACCCUCAAAAUACCGUGCGUGCCCCCCAAGUCGAACCUCGCCAAACUUCCGAAGCUGAACGAGAUCAACAAGACGCAAUUUCGGCUCGCGAACCCGCAGCUGCGCAACAUGCGCCCGAAUCAAAACCAAAGCGUGCGCAACAUCCCGAACCCCAGCCUGCUCGUGCGCCAGCAGAACCAAAACCGGCUCAACUCGCUCGCGCAGAACCCCGCCGAGACCAAGGAGCCCAAACCGGAACCGAUCAACGAGAAACCCGAGCCGAGCUCGUAACCCUCCCGGACCAAUACAAGUGCAACUUUAUAAUUUGAAAUCAUCGCCCCCCCUCAUGUUCCUCUCUCCAUAUUAUAUUUUAUUGUUAGUUUUUUUUCAUUUUACUGUUACCUGUUGUUAGGUUUAUCGCUUUGUUUUAUGUGUACCUAAACUCAAAGACAUUGUGUACAUAAUCUCAAGAUAUCUAAACGUCAAGUACUGUACUUAUAUAUCAAUAUGUAGUUUUUAGCGAGUAAAAAUUUGAGAUGGUUUUAGAGAAAAGAAAAGGACGUGAAGUUCGUUGUUUUAAUAGUUAUUUGUGGCAUGCAACUACAGGUACUGUAAGAAAUGUAGUCGAUGUGCAAAUAAAUUUUAUGGAAAU